GAGGGAGGUAUUUAUUUAAUCACUGGGGAAUGGGGUGGUCUCAGCCCAAAUGCUCCCUCCUCUUGGAAGGCACAGGCGCCUCUUCGGCAGAUCCUACGUAGGUGGCACAGGACGCGUUGUGUUGUUGGGGGGAGAGAGAGAGAGAAAGGAGAAGGAGGGAAAAAAAAAAAAAGGUUGAUAGGUUUGUGCGCGGGUCCCUCGUGCGGGCUGCGCUCCUCCUGGGUGCUAUUUGACAAUUCCUGCCUCUGCCAUUGGUCAGUGUUGGAUCAGAUGGUUGUAUUUCCUUCUGGCCCUCACUGGCACCUCGCCAUCCCCCCUCAGCUAAAACCCAAUCUCGGAUAUACUACUAAUAGGCGCGGCGCUCGGACUAUAAAACACAACAAAUCAUAAACCCGGAGGAGCAGCAGCGGCCGCGCGCGCCUCCCCGACAGAUGAGUUCCUAUUUCGUGAACUCCACCUUCCCCGUCACUCUGGCCAGCGGGCAGGAGUCCUUCCUGGGCCAGCUGCCGCUCUACUCGUCGGGCUAUGCGGACCCGCUGAGGCACUACCCCGCACCCUACGGGCCGGGGCCCGGCCAGGACAAGGGCUUUGCGGCUUCUUCCUAUUACCCGCCGGCCGGCGGCGGCUACGGCCGAGCGGCGCCCUGCGACUACGGGCCGGCGCCGGCCUUCUACCGCGAGAAGGAGUCGGCCUGCGCGCUCUCGGGCGCCGACGAGCCGCCCCCGUUCCACCCAGAGCCGCGGAAGUCGGACUGCGCGCAAGACAAGAGCGUGUUCGGCGAGACGGAAGAGCAGAAGUGCUCCACUCCGGUCUACCCGUGGAUGCAGCGGAUGAAUUCGUGCAACAGUUCUUCCUUUGGGCCCAGCGGCCGGCGGGGCCGCCAGACCUACACGCGCUACCAGACGCUGGAGCUGGAGAAGGAGUUCCACUACAACCGCUACCUGACGCGGCGGCGGCGCAUCGAGAUCGCGCACUCCCUGUGCCUCACCGAGCGCCAGAUCAAGAUCUGGUUCCAGAACCGGCGCAUGAAGUGGAAAAAGGAGAGCAAACUGCUCAGCGCGUCUCAGCUCAGCGCCGAGGAGGAGGAAGAAAAGCCAGCCGAGUGAAGGUGCUGGAAAGGGAGGGGGGACGCGGAAAGGGAGAGGCCUGCGGGGCGCCCAGGGCUUCCGUGAGCCCAGAGCUGGCUCUGCGGGCGGGGGAGCCUGGGGACCCGCUCCCUGGCGUGCGCCAGGCGGGGCCCAGCGCUCUCCCGGACGCCCCCGUCCGCAGAGCGAUCGCUGGGUGCGCGGCGGCGGCGCCGCCCGAGCCCACCCAGCACCCCGAGCGCCUCCUCCCUCCCGAGGAACCCGCCUGGGCCCGAUCUGGCUCCCCGGUGAGAACUGAGGAUCGGACUCACUCGAGGUUUCCCGGAAGCAGGCGCACUGCUCUCGUCCGUGUCGCGUCUCCAUUCCGUCCAUGUCCCCCCCUCACCCCCCGUGCACGGUUCAAUGGUAGAUUCGUUGUCCCCUCAGCAGGGGCCUUGAAGACUCCCUGGCCCCAGCCUUGUCGUCUCUCCUACCCCGUCCCCCAAGCCACUGGAAGGAGCACAUACUACCUAGAAGUAAGAAGAGGAGCCUCAGAAGAAAACAAAGUUCUAUUUUAUUAAUUUUCUAUGUGUUGUGUUUGUAGUCUUGUCUUAGCUCUGGACGUGAAAUACUUCGGUAAUAAUAUUAAUAUUAUUAAUAACGAUGAUAAAUAAUAAUAAAGACGUGAAAACUCGCCGCUCAGUCACCUCCGAUCCUCCCUGCCAUUUUUUUUUCCUCUUCCCACCCACCUCCCAGCCACACUCUCCCCUGAGGCUGAGCAGACGGCUCAGGCGGGAGGCCGGCUGGCUGCUGGGUCUCUCUGCAGCUCGCGGACUCAACCUGGGGGUUAUAGUUGCGAUAAAGGCUGAAGCGGUUGCCCCAGCGCCGGAGUGUGCCGGGGCUCAUCCCUGCCUCGCCGCCUGCAGACCUGGGGGGUUGCACAGGGACUGUCUCCCUCGUAUUCUACAACCUUUCCUCGUUUGUCCACCACUGAGGCCCGCUAGCCAGGAGCCCUGGCAAAGACCAGUCCUGGGGGGCUGGCGAUGUGCAGGCUUCUCCGUCCUCACUCGCCCCCAAGGCCCCUGGCCCCCGGCUGGCCCACAUGGUCCAGUGUCUGCCGGCCUUGGCACUGGGCUCCUGGCCUGUGGCUUAGAAGACUUAAAAAAAGGGGGGGGGGGAACCAUUGGGCAUUUCUCUUCCUGGAGUCCCUAGAAUAGGAGCUCGGUGGAGAACUCCAAGCUGCCAACAAUCACCGAGUGAAGGGCAGGGCUGUCCCCUGCUCCUCGAAGACCCAGGGCAGGAGGCCAGGUGAUGCGGCAUUUGGUCUCUGCUCAACCCAAAGGGCCCCAUCUCUCCUGCCCCCACUGUUACCCAGGCAGAAAGCUGAGGGGCUGUUUUCCUU